AUGCUUGGCGUGGAGAUACCUGGGUACGUGGACAACCCCGGGAACGUCAUGAGGAUGCUGGGUGGGGCCGAGAGGGUGCACUAUGCCCUCACGAACGACAGCUGCGACGAGCUGCCGUUCAUUUUCAGGCCGGACGACCCGUUCUCGCACCCACUCGUGGGCGACAAGCAGCCCACGUGCUCCUUUCUCCUCCGCCUGUCCGUCCCCGCAAACGCGCCCCCCGGCACGCGCCCGGCCGCGUCGCUCGCCGGGCGCAUCGCCCACGUCGUCCGCUACACCGGCAUCGCGGACUUCCAGUACGGCCUCCCGAACCUCCCCCCGGGGACCCCCCACAGACCCCCCCUGUGCAACGACGCGGUCCUCGCCGGCCUGCCGUCCCGCGCGGACCCCAAAGACCCCUUCGCGACCGCGGGGCCCGUCCCGCUGAUGGCCGUGCCGCCCGUGUUCGCGCGCGUCGAGCCCUCGUCGGACUUCUUCCGCGAAGUUGCGCGCGAGGAGCAGCGCGCACUGGCGGCGGGGAAACUGCGCGGGGUGCGCGCGGCCGGAUCGACGGCGCAGGCGGCCGCGGCGGCGACCGCGGCCGCGCAGGGGAUCGUCGCGGCGGCGGCUGCGCGCACGGCCGAGGCGGAGGAGCCCGCGGCGGGUGCGGCGGCGUCCGGUGGUGCUGCGGGCGCGGAGAGCGACGAAGGGGACGAGGACGGGUACCUGGUUGUCGUGGACCCUGAUAUCGACGCUGUGCCGCCGGCGAACGACGACGCGGGGGUGCACGGGGGCGAGGGGGGUGUUGACGAUGCGGGGUUGGAGGCGGUGGCGGCGGGGGAGGCGGCGUUCGCGGAGCGGCCGGUGUGGUCGGUGGCGGGGCUGCGGGCGCACGUGCGGGAGAGCGAGGCGGACGUGGAGUGGGAGGCGGUGGCGGAGGCGCUGGGGAGUCGGUGCUACCGCUUUGGCGGUGGGCCGUGGGAGGGUCUGUGGGUGCGGCGCGGGUACGAUCCGCGCGGGGAUCCGGAGGCGCGGUGGUGGCAGAGAGUCGCGAUACGGCUGCAGGGGGAUCUGGACGCGGAGGGCGGCGACGGGCUGUGGGAGGAGUUGGGCCUCGACGUGCUGACUCAGGUGGAGCCGACGCCGGAAUACGUGGUGCAGGUCGCCGACCUGCGGGACCCGGAGCUGCAGGGCGCGGUGCGCGCCGGAGUGCGCGGCGCAGUGCACCCGGCGCGCGGCUGGCUGACAGACGCCGCUGCCGAGGCGGUGGAGGCCCACGUGCGGAGCGUCGCGGGCGGAGGUGGUCACGGCGGGGCCUAG